AUGGAGAUCGAGGUACUCCGCCAGCGCUCACCUUUCCUCCUGCUGUGCAUUGUCACCGUGUGUAUGGAACACAAACCGCUCCUGCAACACAAACUGGAGGCCCUCGUCCGGGAAACGGCAGCCACCCGUUUGAUCGCCAAGAGUGAACGCAACCUCGAUCUACUGCUAGGGCUUCUUGUCCAUUGCGCAUGGUUUCAUUACCACUGGCGGACCCCGCAUAUCCACAAGUACAUGCUACUUGAAAUGGCCCACAUGGUUGUCGUCGAUCUGGGGAUAGACAAGGACGAGAACAUCCGCAUGCAGCCUAUUCCUCCAGAGCCUGCAGACAACCAACGCCAUCAUUCCAACCCCACAGAGCAGAGGGCUCUGCUCGGCUGCUAUCAUUUGUGUUGCACGUCGACACUGUUUCGCCGGCAGGUGACGAUGAGACACACCAAAUGGAUUACGCAGUGUGUGGAGGACCUUGCUCGGAAGCCGGAAUACCCUAGCGACGUCCUCCUAGGGGAAUAUAUUCUCUCCAACAAUUUCUUGCGACGUACGCAAUGUGUCUUCGAUGAAGACGUAUGCCUCUGCUCCUACCACCCUCGGGAUGCGUCAUGGGAGCAAAUCGUAGAUUCCAUCGAACGACAAGAGAGGCAGACUGAGGACCAACUAUCACGUCUCGCCUCGUGUGACAACUCUAACCAUCUAAUCACAAGGGGCCCUUCGUCUGGAGCUCACUGCACUCACCACUUUGACUUUGGGGCAAGCAGUACAGCGCCGCAGAGAUAUCUUUCGACUUCGGGAGAUCAAUCGGCUGCAGCAUCUUACGGCCUCAGCUCACCGGGUUCUUGCCACGUAUCUCCAGGUACCACCAGAUGUGGCUGUGCACCUGCCGGCCUCCUCAUAUUAUACCCUUUGGUACGUGAUGCUGGUUCUUGCCAAAACAGUCGGCGGGUUCACGAGGACGUCCUGGCCACCAUGCGAAAGAUUGCUUCGCUCUCUCUUGGUGAUGAUAUCUGGUCGAAUUGCCGAGUGAUUAGCAUGGUGGCAUGGCUAGAGAAAAGCAAAAGUGAGGCGCAGCGCCAGUGCAGUAUUAGUCAUGUGGUGCAACAUCCGAGCGAGGCUUAUGGCCCUCCUCGACCCCCCGUCUCAUGGCAGGGCCCGCCCCCUUCCAUAGUUUUCGAGUCGCAACCCCACUGGACACCAAGUCAAUUGCCUGUGCAGCCGGAACCGGCUGUGUACCUUGAAACGCUGAUGCAGAACGACUGGGACACGGGCAUUUGGCGUCAGACCCUGGAAGCAUUCACUAUGUUCGGACCCCCCACUCCACAGAGCCAGAUGAGCUUACAAUCGCCCGUGGUUAUUUGA